CUGCACAAGGACACUUGGGAGUAAAAGAAGUGUUUCUAAGAUAUGCAGGUGUGUGAAAAUAACUGUUGCUCCUGUAUAAGCGAGCCGUGAUACAGGUGUAUUAGUACAAGAUGAUAGCUGGCAUUGUGUCGUGAAAAAUGUCGAGAACCAACAGCGGUGAGUUGUCGGAACGAAACACCAUUUGAAACGUCCAACGAAAUCUUCGUUUUGUUGCUGCACCGCGCCAAGAGUGCUUACGAAUAUGAUGAGAUAACAAACGCAGAAUGAAGUACAGUGGCAGUAACCUUCUCGGUUAUGCACUUUACGCGUUUAUUCUAUUUUUUAACGUUACUCAUGCAGAAAGUGGUGUUACUUGUAAAGAUCACCAAGGACAAUCUUACGAGAAUGGUCUUUACUACAUUCUUGGUCCAGAACCCUGCACGUUGUGCGUAUGCAAUAAUGGCAAUCCAAAAUGGUGUAAAGCAUUUGUGUGCAGAGCAAGCAGCAAGUACGCAGAGGAAGAUUGUAAAUCUUCUCGGCAUGGGGAUACCUGUUGCCAGUAUAUUUGCUUGGCUGAUACAUUGUCAUCUAUAUCAAAUGAUAAAACUGAUGGGAUCGGUGGUAAUACCACAGAUGCUACUACCAAUUACGAUAUAGGACUGCGAUCUGUCGCUAGUUUUGUGACAGCUGUGUUGUCCCUGAGUUUGCUAUUUUUUUUAAUACAUCGCUUGCGCCAAAGAAAAAUAAGAGUUUGCGUGGCAGGAAGACAGAACAGACAGUUGGCAGAGGACCAAAGAAAUUUAGGUAACAUGGGAUACUUGGAACGAGAUGGAUUGUCACAUGGUGUUCCUAUGGAUGACAUUCCAUGCGGAGCUAAUUAUCCAUUAUGGAAGCCACCCAGCAAUUACUUUCCACGUGGCGAGGCUCCACCGCCUUAUGAAGAAGCGGUAGCGGCAGCACGAGCGGAGCAAGCUCUUCUAUCGAUGAACCCACAAGCGCUGCCGCAACUAAAUUUUCCAAAUAAUUAUUUGCCAAACGCUAAUAGUCGUACAAGUAUAUCGUUAGUUGGGAGCACGCAAAGUGGCAUAAACGGCAAUUCGUCAACGUUAAUUUGCGAUACUGCGGGUAUAACAGAUCAAAGUGGCUUAAUCUCAACACCGAGUAGACCAAUUUCAAAUCCGAACAUAUAUGCUAGUUAUCGACAAACGAAUCAAAAUGAAACGUUACCUCCAGGUGUUAGUGUAGGAACUUCUACGACGAGUUUCACUAUGGGAACAAGCACUUACGAGAAUUUACCUACACCCAUUGGAAUUCCAAGCUACGCUAAUCAGCGUCCAGAUGUAACUGCCCAACCUGUGCAGACUAAUUUACAACCUAAUAUUCUAAAAAGUUAUCAAACACAUACCACUCUUCCUCGUCAAACCGGCGCGUUCACGAUAUCUGCAACUUUAUCAAAUUCCAGUGUUACUGCACAUCGUACAAUACCUAGGACUUUAACAACGCGUACUGGUACAAAAUUACAAGAUAUUAUAAAUGACUGUAAUCAAAAAGAAUUUUUACGACCACCCACGAUGAUGAGCGACAUUGCCACGCCGAAUAUACCACAUUCUACUCUGCAAAAUGUCACGACUAAAUUAGAGAAUACUAGGGAAAAUCCAAAUCCAGCUACAUUUUACCAAGAUCUACAAAUACAGCCUCCCCCUCCUGCAUCUUCCUCUGGAUUGCAGCAAACCGAGAGACCACAGUUGGAUCAUCAAAUGGAAAAGUCCCAUGAAUUUAAGCCACCACUGAACGUAGCCAAUGGAAUUAACGAAGAAGGAAGUUUCGAAUCAGUAGCAUGCACUUGUAGCAUGCAAGCUCUUCCUACUCUCCAUGACGAUACCGAUGAUUACAGGAGCGAAUGUGAAAAUUGUAAAAGCGCAACAGGUUCUCGUUAUUACUUGGAUAACGAAGACGAAUUAGUUACUUCUCCUCACGAAACUAUGACGUUACAUAGAAGACCGGACGAAACAGCUUCGAAUGCUACCCCUCAGUAUUACAGAACUUCACUUACACUGCCUAUAAGCACCCGUCAACGAACAAGGAGCACCGGCGUUCGAGAAAAUUGGACAAGAAAAUUCAACACCAUGCCACAAAGUUCCACAGAAUCUUCAGAUGAAAAUUAAUCACGAGCAUAUGUUUCCCACGCACUGUAUAACUAUUAAAAUGUUUUACGAUACAUUAUCAUCGAUGAAAAUUCACUAUCA